UUAUAUUAAUACAAACAGCAACGAUGUAGACAACGUCAAUGAUGCAUUGUCCGCCAUGACAAACCUCAUGAUGUCUUGUUAUGCGGAGGAGCCGGAGGACCGUCCCUGUUUCUCAACCAUCAGGAAUCACAUAUCGAAACUAAAUAAGGGAAGGAAGACGAACAUUGUAGAUAAUAUGAUCACUAUGUUGGAAAAGUACGCUAACAAUUUGGAGCAUGUCGUGGAACAGCGAACACACGCACUCCUAGACGAGAAAAAGAAAACUGACUCUUUGCUGUACAGAAUGUUACCAAGAGUUGUGGCAGAAAGGCUCAAAGCUGGAGAAAACAUCUGUCCGGAAAUAUUUGAAUCUGUUACUAUUUUCUUCUCUGACAUAGUAGGGUUCACAUCACUUUCCUCAAACAGUACCCCAAUUCAAGUGGUGGACUUCCUUAACGAUCUCUACACCAGUUUCGACAUGGUUAUAGCCCAAUACGACGUGUACAAGGUAGAAACCAUUGGAGAUGCUUAUAUGGUCGUGAGUGGACUCCCUCUGAGGAAUGGCAACCUUCAUUCGACGGAAAUAGCAAACAUGGCGCUGGCUCUUCUACAGUCUGUGGAUACGUUUGAAAUAAAGCAUCAACCGGGCAUGAAAUUGCAGCUAAGAAUAGGCAUCCAUACAGGACCCUGUGCUGCCGGAGUAGUAGGCCACACCAUGCCAAGAUACUGUUUGUUUGGGGACACUGUCAAUAUGGCCUCAAGGAUGGAAUCAAAUGGGGAAGCACUAAGGGUUCACAUGAGUAGUUCGACGUACAAGUCGCUGUGUCAACAUCAGGGCUACGACAUUCAGGAGAGGGGUAGCAUGGAGAUCAAGGGGAAGGGAAAACAGACCACUUACUGGUUGCUGGGUAAGUCAUGUUCGGAUAGGUCGUUGAAGUCGGUUGUACCAACGACGUUCAUGAUGUGAAAGGCGGAGAGAUGUCAUUUACCUCUGUCAUUCCUUUAUCUUCGG